AUGAUAUGUCUGGCGUGCGAAGUGGAGCAGCAGCCCAUUGGUCUAGCCCCAGGAACUCCGGGCUGCUGGCUCCGCGUGGCUGUUCCUCGGGCUUGGGCAAAGAGCUCGCGCUUGCUGCAACGUGGAGACAAGGUCAUCGCCACUGCCCGAUCGGCAGCAAAGCUCUCUGAGCUUGUCGAAGCCGGCGCCCACGCGCUCCAGCUCGACGUCACCAGCCCGCUCGCCGAGCUCGAGGCCCUGGCCGACCAGGCCGUCGGGGUCUACGGCCGCGUGGACCUGAUCAUCAACAACGCCGCGUAUGUAUUUCAGGGAGCCAUUGAGGCCUCCAGCCCUGAGGAAACGUUCGCCCAGUUCAAUACCAAUGUCCUGGGUUUGCUGAACGUCACUCGAGCCUUCCUCCCUCAUCUGCGGGCACGCAAGUCAGGUGUUGUGGCUCUCGUAGGCAGCGUGGGCGGCUGGCAGAGCGCCGCUGGUAUGGGUCUGUACUGUUCCACCAAGUUCACCCUCGAAGGCAUUACUGAGGCACUGCAUCAGGAGUUAGCUCCGCUUGGCAUCUCUGCCACCAUCAUCGAGCCGGGCUACUUCCGAACGUCCCUUCUCAACCCGGGCUCCAACUCAUUCGUCGCCCAGCGCCACAUUCCCGACUACGACCAAUCUGCCGGCGUCGUACUAGCAAAGCUCAAGGAGGUGGACGGCAAGCAGCCUGGAGACCCCGUCAAGGCGGUGGAGCGCAUUGUGGACGUGCUCACGUUGUCUGGAUCGGCUGCCGGUCGCAAGGAGAUCCCCCUUCGCUUAGCGCUCGGAAUGGACGCGUACACGGCUAUCAAGGCGAAAUGCGUGUCGAUGCUGGCGCACCUUGAGGAGUGGAAAGAUCUCUCAUUGGGCACUGAGCACGAUGACGUACUUGGGCAGUAA